AUGGAUUUGGAAGCAAUCACCUCGCGCAAUCAGACUGAGUCACCUCUGCUUAGGAUACCGCCGGAGAUCCGCAAUUGCAUCUUCCGCUAUGCGCUGACUUGCGACGGAGUCGUCAAUAUCUACCCCAACCAACAAGGCAUCGUCUAUUGCUCUCAGUCUCAUCCUAAUUACCAUGAGGGAAAGUGUCCGUGCUGCAGACAUGUGCCACAUGGUAGCCGUGAGCCUGACCGCAUACUCCAACUGGUCUGCUCUCAGAUACGCUGGGAGAUUGGCUAUACGUAUUUCCUCGUGAAUACGUUCCAGUUUCGAGCAUGCUACAAUACCCUUUUCGACAGUGCCUGCCUCAGACUACCUUGUCUUGAUGUUCUCAGUGUCGUACUGGUCGAAAUCUCUGCAUUAGACGUCGAGCUAGGCGAGGACAUAGAAGGAGACUGUCUGGAAGAAUGUUUUCUGGACGAUGUGGUCUGGCAUCAGUUGCAGAUCGUCAAAGCCCUCAGAGGACCGACACGAGUCGACGUCAAAUUCAUCGAUUACUCUUUGGCUAAAAACGGCUCGAAAGAAGAGUUGGCUGCAGUCGAGCUGAAGGUCAAAGGAGUUCUAUCGGAUCGAGAUGUUCGGUUCAUCGUAGAAGAGUAG